GUUGUGUGUUGCCCAUCAGGCGCCGCAUUGUGUUGCCCGAAUUGGUCGUAGUAGGUUGCCGGCUCGCGUUUGUUUACGAACUGUCAAACAUUUACGAAAUAUUCCAAAACAUUGACUAGAAUGAGCUCAGAAAAGCGUUUUAAUCGGGGCAUUCACGUGAAAUUUAAGUUCUGUUCGGUUCUGUGCCUGGUUCUGAUCGGUAUGGGGCAGGGACAGCUGAUCAUCAACGUGAAGAACCAGGGAGGCGACAUCGUGCAGGAAACGAUAUACGCGAAUGCCACCGAUGACACGAUCACUUUGGAGUUCCAAAGGUCGGAUGGCACUCUGGUCACUCAGCUCAUCGAUUUUAGAAAUGAGGUCCAGAUUCUGAAGUCUCUAAUACUGGGAGAGGAGGAACGGGGACAAAGCCAAUACCAAGUCAUGUGUUUCAUUUUUCACUUCCCCAAAAAUUCAUUCAUCUCAUCUGAUGCCAUGUCGAAGCUCAGGCAAAAGAACCCCAGUACAGUGCGAACACCGGAGGAGGAUCAUGGAAGGUUAAACCAUACGAUGGAUUAUAGUGUUGUUUUGAAACACUCACACGUAAUCAGUCCGUUUAUCAAAGAUAUUUGUGCGGAAGCAGGACAGGCCAGCUACACACGAUACGAGGACAUCAUGAAGUGGUCCAAUAUACAUGGUAUUCCUACCGCUUCUUACCUGCCAGCCAUCAAAAGAUUUCCCACUACUCCCGACUACAUAAACAGCGAUAUCAGUUACGAGUCCUCACCGAUUGGGCUCGCCAAUUGCACGGAUAUUAAAAAAAUGUGGACACCAUGUUUGUGCCAUCUGGAACAGUGCAUAGGUUGGUAUCCUUGCGAGUUGAAAUACUGCAAAGGCAAAGCGCCCAUCUCCAGUUAUAGGUGUGGCAUAAAAACGUGCAAAAUAUGCCACCUGUUUGUGUAUUAUAUCGCUCAGAAGCAACAGUGCUUGUGGGACGAAUGACCUUAGUUGAAGACUUAACCUUAUCGAACUCAGUUUUUAGUUGCCCUGUUUUGCAAGCCUUGAGACAACCUCAUGCUCAAAAACCUUGUAGAACCACAUUUUUCAUUAUUGCUUACAUUAACAGUUUUUCUUGUGACUUCCCGCAGCUACACUGCCAAGUGCAUUCUACAUUAUGGCGCAGCUCGUUUUACGAAUAGCAUGAAACAUACGAAUAAUAAAACAACUUUUCUGUGAUUAAUGGAAAACGUGACAAGAAAAAUUGCUAAUUGCAUAGAACCGAAGUGGUUUAAUUAGCACAUGGAACGGAACAGGCCGAUCAACGUUUAAAAAUUGCUCAUUAUACCACUUUGAGGAGUUAUAAAAAUGGGAUCCAAAAAUAUUAUGAUUUGACGCGUGCUGUUCGCAGCAAAUUAAAUUCCACUUCAGAUGGAUCUGGAUUUUGCAAUUAGAUGCGACAUCUCCUUUGAAAACACUUUAGACUGUUGACAAAAAAUUACUUCUAUCGGUCAUUAAGUACAGUCUUUAAGUUUGUUGGUGGAUUUUUUACGGAUUGAUUGGUUUAACUGCAGGUUUAAGAAGUUUUUCCGAAAGUUUGGUCAGUGAUUAAAGGUUACCCAAACAUUUUCAAUUUUCGCAAAUGAGAGUCAAUUCUGCCGAUCUGCUUAAGCCAAUUAACCACAGUCUUAGUGUUCUUUAAAAGCGAAAUAACAGAAUGAAAACGUGCCUACAAAAUAAUAUUAAGUAUGUCAACAUUUCUUAUGUUUUUGCGAUAUAACUUCAAUAAUCAAUAAGAAAAUUAGUGUAUUUAACGAAAAGUUAAUAAGUGGCGCUCUAAAAUAUGUGGCGCGUGAAUAUUAUUCACAACUUGCUCCCGCUUAACCAGAUAAAAAUAAUAUGCAAAGGGCCAAAAGAAUGAAUAUCUGAAACCGAUCAUCGUUUAUUUUUAAUUCGGUCUAGUAACCUACUGUGCAACAGCAAUUCUUAUUUUUUCUUCUGUUUAAUUCAAGUAUUUUUUUAAACCAUUCGUAUAUCUUGAUCAGCAAUUCCAAUUCCUUUUAGCAUUUCAAAGAGUUUCUCGUAUCAAUAAGUAAUUUCAGGCAAAGAAGACUUCUUCGAACGCUACCAAGACUGAAAAUUAUCAAAAUACUCCUCAUAUUUUCGCCUGAUGGGAGCAUAAACAAUGAGGAAAACUGUCUUACGCGUGCAAGACAUUAGGACUAACAAUCUACUACUUACUUUCUCUAUGUUGAAAAUACUUGGAAACUCAACCAAACCAACACACAAAUUUUUCCUCGACAAUAAAUCAUUCAGAUACAAAAUGUCUGCAAAUAUAUUUGAUCUGAUACAUUUUUUAUACGUGCCAUUAAUAUUUUUGGCCGUACACCGUUCUGACCCUGACACCCUCAAGCGGAUUUAAAAAUUGUAUCCAUCUGUGGAAAACACUUGAAGCUGAGAUCCUGAUUUUGCACGAAAUGCGAACAUUCAUAGCCAAAAGGCAAACUCGUUCAAUUUCAUGUAAAGGCAAAUUUGAUCAAUUUUGUAUAAUCCGGCAGGCUGUAAACCAGCAAAACAAAUGUAUUUUUGGAUCACCGUGUAGUCUACGCUUAUAGGCCUCAGAAAGCCUUAUGUCUGUGCAGCUUUGUAAACCAUUUGGACCAAGGUUAAUUUUCCUUUGGGAUCGCUUCAACUUAGAUUAAUUUCCUUGUGAUUUUAAACGGUUGAGUUAAUUAUAUUUUCCACUUCAAACAAGUCUGUUUUAUCUUGUACGAACUGCGUAGUUUGUACAUAAUGGCUGUGAAACUGAUAAAACUUUUAAUUGAGGUAGCAAGGAGACUGUAGCGUAGGUAAUAAACAAAGAUAGUAGCAUAACCGAAACUUUUUAAAUUCACUAUGAACAUUCUUAUGUGUAUAUAAGGUGACGUUUUGUACCAUAAAAUCCUUUUCUACACGAUAGAUUUUAGUGUUUACCUAAGCAUACUUCCUCUGCUUGAAAAUAUCUUCCUUUCAAUACUCUAGGAUGCAGUUCUUCGCUAACAUGUGACAAUAAGAAGCGAAUUUUGACAGUGAGAUUGUUCAAAGAAAUACAAACGUUUUCAUUAGCUUUGUAACUUUCAUCAGCUUUUUGUCCACUGUUAUUUGAAUAGGUGCUUUGAUCAAUAUUUUAGUACCCUGGCGGAUGAGUUUAGGGGCCAUAAGCCAACAAAUGUAACAUUUUUGCAAUACAUGUAAAUAGAUUUGGAGCUAAUAAAAUUGAUAUUUUGAGUAA